ACAAAAAACCCCGUAGACGAGUCGUUUCGACGGUGGGAACCGGACUUCGCUGCCUCCUAGGCUGCCAUCGCGAAGGACGCCCUCGCGCCCCAGAAUCUGCGAGCUGACUGGCGGGUGGUGUCGUCACUCACAGUGACGUGAUGGCGGAGGAAAGAGGUGGAGCCAUAGAGACUUGGCUUCUGGCCCUUCUAGCUAGGGGAGCCGGGGGAGGAGGGGCAUUGGGAAGGCACUGGAGGACUGAGGCAGCCGUUCCGGGAGCCGGCCGAGCACCCUGCGCCCCGAUGCUCCUCGCCUUCCUUCCAUAAACUCGGACCGCCAAAGCUCGUGGUCCCACUGCCUGCACCAUCCCCUUUCCAAAAAAACAAAGAUCCCCCCCACCAGACCCUACCACAGCAAACACAGCCCACCAACGCACAAGGCGCACAAAAGCCAUCUACUGGGGAAGCCGAGGGCGCCUUUUGCCCCCGUGUCACCGAGAAUCAGAGGCAAAGGAGACGACAUGCGCUUGGUCUGGGUCCAGAUGUUCUGGAGUAUCAUUUGAAUUCUUGUUCAAGACGUCAGCUCUAUGGUUGAGGUUUCCGACCAGGAGGGACUGGAACUCCUUUCCCAGCUGCAGGAAAACAGUUGACAGUGUCCAUAUGUUGAUUCAUUGAGAGAAAUAUAAAUAUGGCCUUCUACAGUUAUAAAACAGUCUUAGCUAUUGCCCGGACAAGAUUCCCUAGCCAUUUUGUCCAGCCUACCAGUUCUUCUUACUCCCCAUCAUUUGCAUUUCUUCACUUGCUAGAUUCCCAUUCAAACAAAACCUAUAUGAAGAACUAUGGAAGCAGAAAGUACUCCUAUCCAAGUCAAUCAGGCAAUAAAGUACUUCAUUUACGAGCCAAAAUCUUCCAAGAGCUGCACACAUCGACUUGCUGGUCGAAGGAUGUCCCCAGUAAACAUCAGCAGGAGCAAACAGCAAAGAAGCCUCAGGUGCCAAGCCCUCAGCCCAUGAAAGAAGCAGGCGUGACGAUUAAGGAAGGAAAGCGAUCUUAUAGACAGAUAAUUAUGGAUGAACUGAAAUAUUAUUACAAUGGAUUCUAUUUGCUUUGGAUUGACACAAAAGUUGCUGCCAGGAUGGUUUGGAGGCUGUUGCAUGGACAGGUGCUGACCAGACGAGAGAGAAGAAGGCUGCUGAGAACCUGUGCUGAUUUCUUCCGCCUGGUUCCGUUCAUGGUGUUCAUCAUCGUCCCCUUCAUGGAAUUCUUAUUGCCAGUGUUCCUGAAACUUUUCCCAGACAUGUUGCCAUCAACUUUUGAAAGUGAAUCCAAAAAGGAAGAAAAACAGAGAAAGAAAAUGGCUGCAAAGUUGGAACUAGCAAAAUUCCUUCAAGAAACGAUUACAGAAAUGGCAAAGAGGAACAGGGCCCAGCUGGGGGACGCCUCAACCCAGUUCUCCUCCUACGUCAAACAGGUCCAGACAGGCCACAAGCCCAGCACCAAGGAGAUAGUUCAAUUUUCCAAACUCUUUGAGGAUCAGCUGACCCUGGAGCACCUCGACCGACCUCAGCUGGUGGCCCUUUGCAAACUGCUGGAACUGCAGUCCUUUGGAACCAACAAUCUGCUUCGCUUCCAGCUACUGAUGAGGCUGAAGUCUAUAAAAGCAGAUGAUGAGGUAAUUGCCAAGGAAGGGGUGAAUGCCCUGAGUGUGUCGGAGCUCCAAGCCGCCUGCAGGGCCCGAGGGAUGCUGUCACUGGGUCUCACUGAGGGGCAGCUGAGACAGCAGCUCACAGAGUGGCAGGACCUCCACCUGAAGGAGAAUGUCCCGCCUUCUCUUUUGCUGCUGUCCCGGACCUUCUACUUGAUAGAUAUGAAGCCGAAGCCCAUUGAGAUACCGCUCAGUGGGGAGGCGCCAAAGGCAGAUAUUCCCCUGGGAUCACCCACUCCCCCUGAAUCUAAAGAGAACACUGCCGGUUUAGCACCUCAACUGAAGGGAACUAAGGCAAAAUCAGAAAAGACAACCCAGAACAGCAAGGCUAGCUCGAAUGGAGCAUAAGGACUCAUGAAGGAUGGCGCUCACUCUCUCUGGCUUGCUGCCCUCAGCAGUGGCAUCCUUGAAGGACGUCCCUGAGAUAGAAGAUCAGUCAUUUAGCCCUCAGGGUGGUCUUUUGAGGCCUUGUAACCGUCCAGAUGACGUCAGUGUUAAGACCACUGACGGAUUACUUGGAAAACUAUUUAAUUGCAAAGCCCGUGUUCUCUGUAGCAUUAGGUCAUCCCACGGGACCUUGUGUAAGGCCCACCUGUCAUAUUAUUUUUGAGCAACUUCACGUUCUUUUAAGAGAGGAAACUUUUUUGCACGAAGGAAUCAGCCUGAUGCCUUAAGACACCUCGUCUCCUCUAGCUCGGUAGCCCGGGUAGGAACUAGGGAAACGUCAAAGCCAGUCAUUGCGAGCGUCGCACAGCCACUCUCACGCUCUCAGUGCCUGUACAACUUUUUCAGACUGAGCACACACACACACAUCAGUAGGAACAGUGCCCUGGAAACAAAGUACCUUUGGAGACAGGAUGGAUGUAAGUCCCUGGUUAGGUCUUCCCGGAUCUAAAGAAGAAAAAGCUUCUUGGAGAAGAAGAUGGGGAGUUCAACAGACUGGCAAUCAGAGACUUGGCGGCCCCCCUCGGGCCGGCAGAGGCUGCAGGGAUCUGGGAGGCCGCCACUCCUCCAGCACAUAUGGCUUCCAUUAACCUCCAUCUUGCUAGGAAACAUAAUUAAGGGCUUAAGACCGAACCAUUUGUUUGUGCUGGGUGUGUGUGUUUUUCUGGUCUGUUUGUCUUUCACAAACAAGACUAUCUGUUAGUCACAGGGGUUGUUAAGAGUCUGAUACAAUCCCAAUACUACCCAGGAACAGGUAUUAUGUUCAGAUAUUUAUGUUGGCUAUCUUCAGUGUUGUCCAUACUGAAAAACCUUAAUAAUAAAUUGAUCACCAUGCAGCUGACCACCAGCCUUCUUCCCUUGGGGAGUACUUAGAAAGGAAGAGGUGUUUCAGCUGCAGAAAUUAGAUUUCUAUACUUGCUGUGGAAUUGAAGGCAGUUAGAUGGUUAUCCAUGGAAGCAAGGAAAACUCAAAUCAGCCUGUCUGGGGUCAUCUAAAAGAGGAAUGUUACCAGCACUUGACAGCAAGGAAAUGAACUUUAAAACCUUCCCUAAACCUCCCCUCCGCCAGAGGACAAGCCUCCUCAUGUCCUGUCCUGCUGAGGAGCUCCGUGCCAUUGGCCUCGGAAGGUGAUUCACAGUAAAUUUUCCCAUUUUUAAAAUGAUGAGUGUUUAAUUAGUUCAUAUUUCAAGGGUUUGCAUGUGAGAAAGGGAUUAGCUCGUUCAUUUGCGCAACCCUGUUGCAGCUGGGUGCCUCGUGGGUGCUGUGGGGCCGCUCUACAGCUCUUUCUGGCUUUCCCCGUGAGCAGAGUGGGAAAGGGGCCUUGGUCACCUCGGACCUCAGCUGGACUUCACCCAUGUUUGCUUCAUAAAUAGGCAUCUGAGACCCUCGAUACACCUCUCUUCCCCUUCUUCUGAUAGUUGCUCAGAGAGCUCACUUCACUGGUGGGUCCCAUGAUGGUUAUAGGUGCAGCCCACUGCUGAGACUGAGCUAGUGGUGUUCUGAUAAAUGAUUAACACACGGUCCAGUGGUUAGAACUCUCUGCCUCCACUCCAGGGAGCUUGGGUUCGAUCCCCGGUUGGGAUCUAAGAUCCCACAUGCUGUGUGGCGUGGUUUCAAGACAAAAAAAAUUAACAGCCAACUCUGGGGUGUGGUUGGGAGGGAGCCCUGACUUGUAGCCUUGCAAAGCUGUGAUGUAAAUACUCCCACACAGCUAGUCUUCAAGCUAUCAAUAGGUCACCGAACAACAGUUGGGGAGAGAUGGAUAUGGUCAGCUUGAAACACCACACUUAAUUGACCCCCGACCUCUCGUAGGAACAAGAAACACUUAAACCUCUAGUUGGUGCAGGCUGCAAACGUUAUCAUUUCCACGCACCAGGACAGACAUCUGGGAGGCAGUGUAGCAUAAAUGGCCCUAAAUUCUGUUAAGUGCCAACCUGGAGAGAACUUGCCCCAACACUCAGGUCCCCACGCAUCUGGCUCCCAACAGCUGAGGGAGUGGAAGCCUAUCUCCUUGCCCUGCCCUCUGCUCUUCCCCACAGCAUCUACUGUGGCUGCACCAGCUGCUAAUAAUCUCACCGAGUAUAAUUUUAGGCAUUUUCUAACGCCCAGCCCCGGUGGUGAUGUCAGACUUGGCCCAUCUCACACCCUGGGAAUUCUGCUUCAACAGAAAGGUGUUGGUGGCUUGGCACGUAUGGACCUGCACCUGUGCCGUGUCUAAUUCUGUUUCAGUCACUACAGGUCACAACGGUGAUAUCAAGUAAAUGCUCUAUAGUGUUAAAACCUAAAGAUCUCCUUGUCACAACCAGUGCACACCGGUAGGUAAGGUCAGGCUAAAGGAACUUGAACGCUGAUCGACACCUUCCUUUUGCCCAGGAUUCUGGCCCGCUGGCUCCCCCCAGUGGUGGCUGCGAGAAACACAGCGACUUCAUUGUCAUGGAGAUAGAUUUCCUUCAGCCGUGGUUCAAUCUUACUUACCUGAGAUCAAUAUAGUACAUUAGCGGUGCCGGGGGACCUGUGACCCCCGGCCUGUGGCAAUUAGAAAGGGCGGGAAGGUGGUAUCGAUCAAUGCUCUGGCCCUCAUCUUUUAACCCUCAGGAAACCAGACAGACUCAGUGUCUUGACAGCAUGACAGCUUCAUUAGAUAAACUGGAUCUCUCCUCAGGAGACCCAAUCUGGUCAUCUAAGUAAAAUGGCCAUUUCAUUUUCUCUCAGGUCAAUUUCACUAUCUUUGAUUUGACAGCUCAGUCUCUCGGGAAAUUCAUGGGUUAUUAGAGUAGUAACAGCAAGGACAUCACUGUUACAGCAACAGUGAGCUGUGUCCCACCACCUCUACUGAAGCCAUGUAAAGCCCUUUGUGAAAGAGCGACCAUCCAUUCACACGACCCUGGGCCCACACUAUCAUCAGUAUUUUACAAGGAAAGGCACCACUUCAAGGUGUCCCACAAAUGGUUUUAAGAGCUAAAAUUCAUUUCCUGACUCUGUUCUUCACCAGCGUAUGCCUUCCUUAAACGUGAACACAAAUCAGAAUAUGUUGACAGUCACAUACUCACAGAGCUACCCAGCAGAAGAGAGAACUUUAUAACAGGGGCCAACACUAAAAGGGGCCAAGAAACAGCUCAGAAAGGAAACUUUAGGAGCAACCCCAUUCUUCCAACACAAACUAAACUGGACUUGCUUUUAUACUCAGAAGGGAUCCGGCGAAGAGCAAGCUUUGGGGGCAGAGGCUGCGAACCAACAGCCUGAGUGAGCCCUAAGGUUCCAAGGAGCCAGCACCUACUUGGUGGGGGGAAAGGGAUAACCAGCAGGUGGCAUAGGAAGAGAAUUCCCCAGCAGCCAAAAUGCACACUUUCAUGGAAUGUCUUCCUUUUCCUGAGGGCUGGGGUGGAGUUCCUACGGGAAGAACUGGAGGAGGCCAAGUGCUAGCCCCAGCACAUGUGGUCUGAUCACUCGAAUUCAGAAUGGUGUUGGGGGGGAGGGGUAGGCAUGAUGGACACAGAAUAGCCUGGGAGACAAGAAACCGGAAGCCAGGGUCCUGGGUGUAAAGCUGGUCUUAGGUGACGGCUCCUCCCUGACAAAGCAGCACAGGCAAAACCAUACCCUCACAGAGGAGCAGCCACCCUCCUGGGUCUGAGUGCCUGCUGCCCCCGGUCAAACCAUACGUGGCCUGCAUCUUCAUCACUUCAGCCCCACUCCUGGCUUUUCCCAGCUGGGCCCUCAGCUCCCUGUCUGACUGUCAGACCCCAGAGGGCUCCACAUUUCCACCGAGGAAACGUGUGGUGGAGGGGGCCGUGGGGCCUGACCCUGGGCCCAGUGCCCCCUACCUGCCCACCACGCAGCUGCCUGCCUUCUUUCCCUGCCUUUCCCAAAGCCCAGCAGAGGAAGGCGGGCUGUCCAGAAGCCUCGGAGCAGGACCCAUGGGGAAGAGACCUCGGGACAGAGCCCCAGAGCCCGUCAGCCUCGCUCCUUCAUAGCCGACCUCCUCUCCCGCGUCACACAGCCCGUAUA